GCGACGUCGGCACACGCGCCGUGGCCAUGUCACGUGGCAAGUAGAUACAAACUCUUUCGUCGGCACCUGUCAAAGCGAUCUACGUACGUGGAAGAUGUCUGGAAAUCAGAAAAUUAUUCUAGUCACAGGGGGAACUGGACUUGUCGGUAAGGCCAUUCAAGAAGUUGUAGAUGAAGAUUCGAGACCGGAUGAGAAGUGGAUAUUUAUCGGCUCUAAAGAUGCAGAUUUAUGUAACAAGCAGAGCACAGAGGCUUUAUUUGACAAGUAUAAACCAACUCAUGUAAUACACCUAGCAGCUAUGGUUGGAGGAUUAUUCCAUAACAUGUCUCACAAUUUGGAUUUUUUGAGAAAAAAUCUACACAUGAACGACAAUGUUUUACAAACUGCGCAUGAACAUAACGUUGGCAAAGUAGUAUCUUGCCUUUCGACAUGUAUAUUUCCAGAUAAAACAACUUAUCCCAUUGACGAAACUAUGAUUCAUAAUGGCCCCCCUCACCCGUCUAACUAUGGUUAUAGUUAUGCAAAGCGACUAAUUGAUGUAGCAAACAAGGGCUAUGCUCAACAACAUGGUAGACUUUACACCAGUGUGAUUCCCUGCAAUGUUUUCGGACCUCACGAUAAUUUUCAUCCAAGUGCUAGUCAUGUUGUUCCUGGAUUGAUGAGGAAACUUCAUGAUAUAAUUGCGGAUGGUAACACCGAGGACAAGGUCUUCACAGUCUUGGGGUCUGGUAAACCGUUGCGACAAUUCAUUUACAGCAGAGAUUUGGCGAAGCUUUUCAUUUGGGUCCUUAGGGAGUACGACUCAGUGGAGCCAAUCAUAUUGUCAGUGGACGAAUCGCAAGAAGUAACAAUUUCCGAAGUAGCAGAAGCUUUGAUAAAGGCAUUCGAUUUUAAAGGAAAAAUCGUAUACGACACUUCAGCUGCAGACGGACAGUAUAAAAAGACAGCAAGUAACGCGAAGUUGAGAACUUAUUUACCUGAUUUUCAAUUCACUCCCUUUGAUCAGGCUAUUAAAAAGACCGUUGAAUGGUAUCAAGAUAAUUAUGACCAGGCCAGAAAUUAGGAAAUUUAUGUCUGAUAUACUGUCAUCACGAUAAUUGUGUGAAAAAUGGUGCCGCGAACCAGCAGUUCCGAAAAUCGAUUUUAUGGCGUACAGACCUGAAACACUAAUAAUGUUUUCUGUGCGACAAUAAUCUUUUUAGUGAAAUUAUAACAGUAAAAAUAUAAAUAGCUAGAUGAUUUUAGCAACUACACCGUGUUAUAUUCAUACAUUAUCAUUUGUUACAAUCAUACACUCCGCCGCUUGAAACCUAAUUAACGGUGACAUGAAAAUGCUUCAACGAAUUUGCGCUGCACCUGAUUCACGCUACUGGAGACUGUAAAACGUGAUUAACCGUAACCAUACAAGAUUUCGUUGAAUCAAUCGGAACUCUAAGACCAGUGAAUAGACUGACGUUUAUAAUACUCUCAGACUUGAAAAAAUGUAUAAAUA